CUUGACAAAAAUAAUAGGAGCUGCAAAGAUGAAGGAAGUAUUGUAAUAACGCUUUCAUUUAUUUACGAUCAGCAUUCUGUUACACGUUUAUGAACAUACAUACACAUUUGCUUACAGGUGCCAACAGAAGCAGUCUGUGGAUUAUUCGAGCACCAGCAAAGAGAAAGAGUUAACGCAAAUUUCACUUCAAUCAGUUAUUCGUUUGCUCGAUAUAAAAAAUGAUAUUCGAAAUUAUUUAUUUAUUCGUCGCAAUUUUAUUAAUAGUGAUCGGCACUUCGUAUAUCUUAAUCAUUCUUAACUGCAAGCGAAAAGCAAUUGUGGAAACGACACUUUCGAACGGCGAAAAAGUGAAAUGUGAAUUUGCUCAAGCACCUAGUCCAAAUCCUUGGCCCAUAAUUGGAAACUUGGAUAUAAUUGGGCGUUUCGCCAAUCCCUUCAAGGGAUUUCAAACCUUGGCCGAGAAAUAUGGCAACAUUUACUCCUUAAGUUUUGGCCACACACGUUGCUUGGUCGUCAAUAAUUUGGAAUUAAUACGCGAGAUUCUCAAUAAGAAUGGGAAAUUUUUUGGUGGUCGCCCGGAUUUUCUGCGUUAUCACAAACUAUUUGGGGGCGAUCGCAAUAAUUCACUGGCCCUGUGCGAUUGGUCGCAUCUACAACAAAAACGUCGAAAUUUAGCCCGUCGGCAUUGCUCCCCGCGUGAAUCGUCAUCAUAUUUCACAAAAAUGUCUUGCAUUGGUUGUGAUGAGAUCGGCAUUUUAAUGGAACGACUGCAAAAUGUAACUGUGUCUGGUCAACCGAUCGAUCUGAAGCCUAUUUUAAACGCAGCAUGUGCAAAUAUGUUUAGCCAGUAUAUGUGUUCGAUUCGUUUUGAUUAUGAAGACAAUGAAUUCCAACAAAUCGUCCACUUUUUCGACGAGAUUUUUUGGGAAAUUAACCAAGGGCAUCCAUUGGAUUUCUUACCAUGGCUUUCACCGUUCUACACGAAGCAUACAACACGCAUCGCAUAUUGGUCAACAACAAUACGCAAAUUUAUUCUGGAACGUAUUAUUGAUCAACGACAAUUGGAUAUCGAUCUGGACGAACCCGACACUGAUUUCACGGAUGCCCUCUUGAAGAGUUUAAUCGAGAACGAGAAUAUGUGCCGUAAUACGAUUAUCUUCAUGCUGGAAGACUUUAUUGGUGGUCAUUCAGCGGUUGGGAAUCUAAUAAUGCUUGCUCUUACCUACAUCGCCAAGGAUCCAAUUAUUGCAAGAAACAUUCAAAAUGAAAUUGAUGCGAUAUCGAAUAAUGGAGAGCGGUCUAUAACGUUGGAAGACAUGGAGGAAAUGUCCUAUACCAUGGCAACAAUAUACGAAGUUCUGCGCUACUCCUCGUCCCCGAUUGUACCUCAUGUUGCCUCUGAAGAUAGUGUGGUUUCUGGAUUUGGCGUAACCAAGGGUACAAUUGUGUUCAUAAAUAAUUAUGUGCUUAAUAUGAGCCAAGAAUAUUGGAGAAAUCCUGAUCAAUUUUGCCCUGGACGUUUUUUGGAAGAAAAGUGCAAAAAUAAUUCUAAAAAGUCAUUGACUUCUGACAAGAGGAAAAUCUCUGAAGGUUCUGAUUCAGGUAUCGACUUUGGACAAGAAAACGAGUUUGUUUCAUAUUUAAAAAAUCCAAACAUGACAGCUGAUACAGGCAACAACGAAAUUCGUCAACCAUUCAAGUUUCAAUUGAAAAAAAAUCUUCCCCAUUUCUUACCUUUUAGUAUAGGAAAACGUACGUGCAUUGGACAGAAUUUGGUCCGUGGUUUUGGUUUUAUUUUGUUAGCUAAUAUUUUACUGCGUUAUAAUGUAAGCAGUCCCGAUUUAUCACAUAUGAAUAUUAAUCCUGCCAGUUUAGCUUUACCUGCCAAAUGUUUCGAACUCAUAUUGACUACAAGAAAAUAAUUUUCAACAACUAAAUAUUCAUAGAAUAAAAUAUUCACUUUUGA